AUGACGAAUAUAUUUUUUCUAUUCAUUGCUGUCGGUUUAUUUCUCAGUUAUUGUUCGAGUAAACCAACAUCAUCAUUAGAUGAAGCAUGGAAAUUAUUUAAAAAUCUUCAUAAUAAAGAAUAUAAUUCAAUUAAUGAUGAACAACUUCGACGAACUAUUUGGGAAGAAAAUGUUCGAAUGAUUCAAAAACAUAAUUUCGAAUCUGAUUUGGGUAUUCACACAUUUACAAUGAAAGUUAAUCAAUUUGCUGAUCUUACAAACGAGGAAUUUGUUAAACAAAUGAAUCAAUUAAAAAUGAAUCCUGAAAAGAAAUCAAAUAAAAAAUUUCAUAUUCCAUCAAAUAUAAAUCUUCCGAAAUCUGUUGAUUGGCGUACAAAAGGAUAUGUUACACCCGUUAAAAAUCAAGAACAAUGUGGAUCAUGUUGGGCUUUUUCUACAACUGGUACACUUGAAGGACAAAUUGCAAAAAAAACACAAAAACUUGUUGCUUUAUCUGAACAACAGCUUGUUGACUGUUCAACAGAUUAUGGAAAUAACGGAUGUUGUGGAGGCCUAAUGGAUAAUUCAUAUAAAUAUCUUGAAGACAAUCAUGGAAUUGAUACGAAUGCAAGUUAUCCUUAUGAAGCUAUUGAUGGAAAAUGUCGAUUUAACGUUAAAACUGUUGCAGCUGAUGUUACUAGUUAUGUUGAUAUAAAAGCUCAAUCAGAAGCUGAUCUUCAAGAUGCUAUUGCAACAAUUGGCCCAAUAGCAGUUGCUAUGGAUGCUAGUCAUACUUCAUUUCAGUUUUAUUCAGCAGGUGUUUAUUCGGAAAAGGAUUGUUCAUCAACAAUCUUAGAUUUUUCACUUUUGGCUGUUGGAUAUGGUACAACAAUAGAUAAUCAAGAUUAUUAUAUUUUAAAAAAUCAAUGGUCAACACAAUGGGGUAUGGAAGGGUAUGUUUUAAUGGCAAGAAAUAAAAAUAAUCAAUGUGGUAUUGCAACAAUGGCUAAAUAUUUUGAUUUUAUUUCUCGUAUAAUUCAUCCAGAAAAUAUAAAAUCAUUAAAAUUAUUUGAUGAUGAUUAUACACCUGGACAAAUAAAAUCAUUUAUUAAAAAUUUUCAAAUCGAUAAAUUAAAUCGAUUAAAAUAUUUAAAAUUAAUUAAAAUAAAUGAAAAUGAUUUAGAAUCAAUAUUAAAACAUUUAAUAAAUAAUCGUUUGAAUUAUCUUGAAAUUGAAUAUCGACAAUAUUUUACAAUAUUAAACCAAUCAACAAUAUUAAUUCUUCAAAAUCUAUUAGCAUUUGAAACUCUUCAAGAAGUUAAUUUAGAUAUGAGAUCUUAUCAAUAUGAUUUUGUUCAAUGGCCACAAUCAAAUUAUAUUCAAAAUAUGACUUUAUGUAAUUAA